ACUGAGCAGCUGAGGUUUCUUUAUAUUAAUUUUUAUAGGCCGAAACAGAGACCGGAACACCUGAAUACGGGGAGGACGCGAACAAGGAGUCAAGGGCCUUAAAUGGAGUAAAAAUGGCGGAAGAACUAGCCAAAGAGAAUGCAAAUUGUUUUGUUCAAACAAGCCAAAGUGGUGUCAUAAGCAGAUCAGAGAAAGUUUCUUUAGAAGUUCCGCGCGAUGAUGGGGAUCGAGACAGUGACAGACUGGACAAGAAGGAUGAGCAUAGUGACGACUCAGUCCUCCGCGCGGGUGGAUGUUCAUCUUCCAGUGUUGGAGGGCUUGAUGAGAAACAUGAUGGCAAGCGGAAGCACUUGAUAACACUGGAGAUGAAAAGUGGAAUUUUUGAAGCACCUACUGUUUCAAAAAAAGCUUAUCGCUUCAGUGAGCCUGGCAAAACUAUUUUCGUUAAACAAAGAGUAGAGAGGUCCUUUACACCGUUUACGGAGGAAACAAAGUACAAAGAGGAAGCAAGCUUAUGUGCAGAAAAAGGAUAUGACCACGAGAGGUUUUGUCAUAAGGAAAGCCCGCCGCAAACGGCCAGGCCACAGAUAAAUGAGCAGCCUUUCAAUAAGGUUUCCAGUCACAAGAAGAAGGUUAAAUUCAACCUGGAGCAAGAAGCUGCUGGUGGUGUAUCAGACGAUAGUGCCUUAGAGCGUCCAAUGUCUUCUUUCUUGAGACACGACAGACCUGUCAGAAAACCAUCGACUUUCCUUCAACAGUUCCAAGAACUUACUAACAAUGACUGUUCAUUAGCAGGCGCUGGUCAUGAUCCUCCACCUCCUCUGCCUGACUGCAAACCAAAAUGGCAAGGUGCUGCACCCUGUCUGCCUGCAAUCAUGCCAGAAAAGAAACAAUAUAGAAAAAAGAAGAAACUACAACUGGAGGACGAUUUUGAAGGCUGGGGUGAACCAGAGCCUGCCGAAGUGAAACGUAUAUUGGAGCGGCCUAUAUCAGCCAAGCUUCCCCGCUAUCCCCCACACUGGGACCCACUUCCCAACGAAAGACCCCAAGGGAGAGGUGGACAAGGACACUGCCUCGGAGUUAAUUGGAAAAAACCCGAGCGAAGCGCAUUAUCAAACUCGUAUUGUGACGAACGAGCUGAAUCGCCACGGAAAAGUUUAUUCGUGGAUCACCCUUUUCUAGGGCAUGACCAGUCUAAAGCGGAAGAGCCUCGAACGUGGUGCAGAUUCACGAGGUUUAACAAGUCAUUUUACCAGAAUCCUCCAAGAAGACGAGCAACUGAGGACAAUGUUGACAUACAAGAUGUCGAGUAACCAUUGGUUGACUGUAAAAAAAUUAAAGCGAGUACAGUUUGUUUCCUAUCGAAGGAUUAUUGAUUUCGGCAAAAAUUUUGCCCAAAAUUUCCAUUUUUUGUAAGAUUUUGAAUUUGUUAAGUUUUUUGUAUUUUUUUAACAAUAAAGAAAAUCUCCAUUGUUUUCGAACACCUGGAGCAAUUUGAUUGGUUGAUUGUUAUUAAUCCACGGAACUAGUUUUGUCGUGUAGCAUAGCGGCUUUCAUUAUUUGAGCGUCGAAAAGUAUUCGGUUUUGAAUCAAAUACACGUGUGUCAAAACGAAUGUUCGUGCGAAUCUGUUCUUCGAAAUUGUGUUCCCCCUUCGCGUUCGUUUUCAUGCGAAUCAAACUCAUUUUCAUAUGACACGUUUUGCACGUUUUGAUUCCUGAAAUGUUUUUUUGCCAAAAAUCGGAAAUCGCCUAUUCUUAAUUCGCAGAAAAAACCCCCCACUAUUUUGCUCUUAAUCCAGGUUAUGAAAUGUAGAUAUUAAAGAUAAAUUCGUCAAGAAGAGAAGCAAUAUGUUUUCCAGAGUACGGAAGAACGAUCAGUACCGCCUCGAAAUUAAUGAGCUUGUUGAUCAUUCCUGCCCAAUAAAUCAGCACGGCCGGUGCGUUACAAGAUGUAAGAAAUACACCAGAUUGAUAAGAAUGAGUAUUAUUGCAGCAAGGAUCAAUUGAUUUGUUUGCGAUUUCUCCAGGAAUAGGCUUCGAACCUCACACAACACUUCCAGCAUGUGCCUGGGUUCCUAAUCCAUCUUUGAGUUCCCUUUGAGAUAAGAAAAACUCUAUUUCAAAACCAUUUCUAACUUUUACACAUGGUCACUUGUUAGCUAAAACUCUUAUUUGCAGGAGUCUGGAGGAGUACGAAGAAAAAAAUAAGCAAGUCUAGCCUGUAUUUGGUUCCAUCAUAAGGUUUCUUUCUUAUUAACCUUUUACUCGUCGUUUCAUGUUAGCUAAAACGAAAACGAGUGUCACUGGAUAAACAAGAGGGUUAAUAAUAAUUAUGCUGGUGUGAAUUCCAAGGUGUCUCUUCAGACUUUCGUCGUAAGGCUGCUGUUAGCCUGAGCCCUGAUCUACAACAAAAAAAAAUCGAAAAAAGGCCCAGGCCUUCCCUGCCAUACUUAAAUCCGAU